AAUUUAGUAGUAUCGCAUGGGAUACGAGCGCCACAGAUUCUUUCCAACCUGAGAAUAUAUCGGACGAAGAGGUAUCCAAAGUUACAACAGAAAGUAUCGACGAGAUUUCAACUUAUAACGAUGACGCUAUGUUCUCGACUUUGGCUUCGUCGCUUAAUUAUCCUGUUACAAACUCUAUGAAUCCUGACCAGCUAUCACAUUCGUCUGGAAAUAAUAAUACGGUGAUAUCUAAUACAUUUCCUAUGACAAUUACAGUCACAGAACCAUUAAAAGAGUUUGAUGGAACUAAGGAUGCAUUCAUUUCUUAUCUAAUAACGACAAAGACAACUUUGGAUACAUUUUCCUCACCCACUGUGAGCGUUCGAAGAAGAUUUCAGGAUUUUGUUUGGUUACAUAGUUCUCUUUCGCGAGAUUUCGCCGCGUGUGUAGUGCCACCCUUGCCUGACAGGCAUCGAAUGGAAUAUAUAACUGGUGAUAGGUUUGGGUCAGAAUUUGUGGAAAAACGACGUGCAAGUCUUCAAAGGUUCUUGGGAAGAUUAAGUCGUCACCCUACUUUGCAAAAGAGUGAUUACUUUAGGUUAUUUCUGGAAUCAAGAGAAUGGAAAACUGGAGAUGGUGUUUUUGAAAACUUGGGAGAUGCUUUACUUAAUGCAUUUUCUAAACUUAAGAAACCAGAUGAAAAAUUUCUUGAAAUUAAAGAAGGUGUUGACAAACUUGAAGAAAACUUGCAAACUAUUGAUAGAUUACAUCAGAGGAUUAUUAAACGGCAAACUGACUUGGAAGCAGAUUAUAGAGAUUUCGGUUCAAGUAUAGCAGGAUUAGGUCAAUUAGAGACCGGAGUUACUGACCCUCUUGAACAAUUUGGUGAAACGGUUUCCAAAUUUGCUGAUGCAUGGAAACGAAUG